AUGGCGAGUGCUAUAGCAAGGGCGCGUAAGCCCGUUGGCUCGAAGGAAUGGAUUGCCGAAGAAAAAGAGAACUGCAGGCAAUUAGUGCAACAGGAACUGGACGAAGUUGAGUUCCCAGUGCGACAUGAGAUGGACUGGCUUAACGAGCAUAUGGCGGAGAUAUUCACCCGUGAUCAGUUCAGCAGCGUUACCGAGCUAUUCAAGACUCCUGGCAAAAUGCGCGGCAAGACUCCCCGAACAGCAAGAAAGAUUCUCAAGACGCCGCGAGAAGCGCGAGUACCUUUGAGUGAUAUAUUCUCCUCCGGACACAAUGCUCGACACAGCUCCGGACCUACUAAUCGAUUUACAAACGAGAUCUCGAAGCUUUUGACUAGCAAUGAGAAGCUGCGAUCGCCUCUUCCAAGCACACAGAAUUCGAACCCGAAUUACAAUACCGACUCCGGCUACCAUGGAAUGCCGGAUUCCCUCCCAACAGACACCAACGAACCAGAUCAUCAAAUGGAGGUAGAAACAGCUACCCAAGUCAUCGAGGACUCAACAAUACUGCCCGUCGAUGGAGGCCCUAAGAGCCCUGCCAAUGUUCGUCGUAUUACCGAAGACUCGUUUCACUCCGCGAGAGAAGUUGCACCAAGCAAGGAAAACACGGCGGAGCCAAUGGAGUUCGAAUAUUCUCGCUAUAUCCCAAAGAACACAGCUUUGCCAAAGCAACAUCCUCUCAGCACCUCUCCUCACCAGGAGAAACAGAACGAGAGCCAGAAUCGCCCUCAGCCCUUGGCCUCGCCCCAUCAACCAGAAGCUAAGGAGGAUCUUGACGAUCCUAAUUUCGAUGAUAUAGGCUCACCUUCAGAUGGUCCUACUCCGGUUCGAGCACCAAUUCGAAAAAGUAGUCUUACAUUUGCAUCCCUACCGGCAAGAGAGCCACUCACUACAAAGCGCAGCAUGGGCGGACGAAUGUCCAGGACUAGUCAUAUUGAUCCCCCUAAGAUGAACAUGAGCAUAGUUGGCCAGCCCGGCUACCUUGGGAGGCAGACUGGUGGGAACCGAUUGACACAAAUGCUCUUGGACAAUGAGAAAAACAACAAGCCUCUGGAAUCUAGUGACAAGGCCGGAACUGAUGAUUCGGCUGACAAUGACCAUGAUUCUGAUGCAGAAAAUAAAGCCCCAAAACGAUUGAACAAGUCAUCAACACAGCUUUUACACGAGAAAAUCAAUAUGCUAGGGAAGACUCAGGCCCCUCGUACCACCAAAUCUAUUGCUCCCGCUCCAUCACUAGGUACACAGCAACUCAGCUAUCCAGACCUUCCACCGCCUACUGCUGCCUCUUCAAAUGAUAAUACACAGAACGCCUCUAUUUCUAGGCCCUCGUCCGCCAUGGAAGCUGCUCACGGCUCCCCUCAGAGAUUACCACCGACACCAAACCAUUUUACUUUUCCCGCUGAUAAGUUCCAACCAGAGGCCCAAAUUUAUAGGGACACUCCUAGUCCUGCUUCAAGAGCGCCUUCAGCUCAUCCCGUUUCACCUGAAAGGCGCUCGCCGGGCCCAAAAUCAUUCCGGCCAGGAGGCUUUUUCCACAGCAAAUCUUCUUCUGUCCCUUCGUUUCCUAUCUCCCCACGGCCUGGCACGGCUGGCUCCGCCCAGAAAGCACCAUCUGUUGUGGAUACCCCUGGCGAGUCCACUACACCGGCUGGCUCCCCUAAACGCUUCGAUGGCCCAUUAAGUGCAUCUAAAUCAAAGCUUCAAUCCUUAAUGAAGAGCGCCAGAGGACUUUUUGGCAGCAGCGCGAGCGUUUCUGCUACUGCCAAGUUGGAGACUCUUUCACCUACUUCGCAGCGCACCCAGGCUAGCACACAGAACCAGCCUCAAGCAACAGCUACUGUCCCACCAAGCCCAGCUAAAGCUCCUCGAACCCGUGGCUCUAUUGAAAGGGAGCAUAGACGCAAAGAACAAGAGUUAAAAGAUCGCAAACAGAUGGAAGAGCAGGAGCGAGCUAGGGAACGUGAGAAGCUACACCCAGAACCCACCAAGCCUGCAAAUUUACCCUCCAAACCUCAAAUCCUAGAUAAAGUGGAGGUACCACAGCAUUCCUCAGAAAACCUCCCUGCUCGAAGGGUAGAGCCAGUGCCCAUGGCAGAACCUGCACGUCGUGAGCUUGAGCCCAGUACAGAAGAAGGACGGGGAGCAAACACUCAUGCCACAUCACAAUCCCACCCGUUGCCCAAUGAAGGUCGUAGGCCUGCAAAAGCCAUUAGAGAAAUGCGAAAGCCAAAACCACAGCCUGUCAACAUACGCGUAGGAACUCUAUCUUCACAGCGAAUAAGGGCAGAAUCGGCAACUCCAGCACCCCCUUCAACCCGUGAACCGACUGUCCAGCAAACGUCGGUUUCCAAAAAAGCUAGCAAUGCCUCUCUUCUCACCACGGCAUCUUCCAGUGGUAGCCUGAAGAGCUCUGCAUCUUCUGCGUCGUCGAAAUCAAAAGCUCUUCUAGCUGUGGAAAGAAAGAAGGAGCAGGAACAGCGAGAAGCCCAACGCAAGCUGGACCAGCGCCGUGAGGUCGAUCGUAAGAGACUUGCGCAGCAAGAGGAAGCCAGCCGACAGCUACAACAAGAUAAAGUCCGUCACGAGCGAGAGCAAUCUGUUACCGACGAUCCAAAGACGCUUGCAAAGAAACAAGCGAUUGAGAAGCGGCGACUCGAGAAUGCCAAAAGAUUAGAGCAACAGCGCGGUCGACAACAGACUCCGUCAAAUGAUACCCCUCCGAGCCGACCACAUAAUUACCCACCACCAAACCCUGCAAAGCCUCCCAAGCGUGCACACGAGGAGCAAAACACCGUCCGACCCCCUGCUACAAAAGCCGGCAGUGUUCAUCAACUUGACGGCAAGCGGAGGAAGACUGAAGAAGAGAUUGUUGCUCCUGAACCCACCGCGGUUCGACCAGCUAUGGCUCCUCCUAUUCGUCAGUCCAACGCGUCAAAACUUAAUAACUUCCCCAGUGUUUCCAAGUACCCAGCCGCUCCUCCUGUGAACUCGAUGCAAGGCUGCCCCCCAAUAUUUAAGAACUCUGUCGGCGCACAGAAACCAUUUCAAACCCUUCCUCAUCAAACCCAGGGCAACCGGCCGGCCCAUCCCUUGGAGAUGGCAAAAUAUGCCAAUGGAAAGAUUCCCUUUGCGGAACCUAAUAAUGUUCCACCCCAGCCGAGCUCUGCUCAUCUCAAAACGCCUGGUCAAAACAAACAUGUCAUACCUAAAUCUUCUCCAGCCUAUCCAAACGGCGAAAACAUUAAACUUCCUGAUAUUCCUACUGACAGUGAAGACGAAGACUCCGAUGCUGAGCCAUGUCAUGUCCCAGACUGGGCCAAGGAAGAAAACCUCCAUAACAUUCUUGUUCAGCAAGAAAGCCAGGAUGGGGAGAUGGUCUUCGGCCCAUCUGCUCCCCUGCGGAUGGAAGAGAUCUUCAAAGGCAAUAAGGAGAGAUUACGCAAGUUCCGUGAUCGUACUAGCAGUGCGAAUUGGAACGGUCCGGACGGCUUGACACAGGAUGAAAUUAAGUGGGACAUGGCUGAAAGAGAAAAAUUGAAGAACAACGGCGGCUGGGUCUUCAGCCCUCAUUGA